GAGUAGUGUAAAUAGCGAUUGCCCAAAUUCUUCUUAUUCCGUAUGAAUACAUAACGUUGUAUAACUCUAGCAUAUUUUGCUAAUAAAACAAAUGGCAGCGGCACGUUCUGCACCGAAAGAAGAUGGUAUUCCUAGUGAGCUCAAGGAAAAACUUGCUACUUUUGACACACAUUUAUCAGAGCUAGAAGUUAUAUUUAGCCCUAUAUUAUCAGUAAAUCGUAAUACAUUAACAGAAACGUUGGAGCCUCUAGAUGCAGCUAAGACAGAUCUAGUAGCGGCCUAUGCCAUUAAUUCUUUAUUUUGGAUGUAUAUGAAUGUCUGUGGCAUAAAUCCCAAAGAGCAUGCAGUCCGUCAGGAACUGGGACGUAUCCAAAGCUAUAUGCAGAGAGUCAAAGAAAUAGAAGACAAGAAAAAAGCACCAAAGCUGGACAAAGACUCCACAAAAAGAUUUGUUAAAAGUGCUUUGUGGCAAGCUGCUAAGAAAAGAAGAGAUGAUGUUCCACUCGAGUCAGAACCAUCGACAUCCACAGAGAGACGAAGGGAAAAACAAGGCGGGAAAAAGCACAAAAAAAAUAAUUAUUAAUUUUGUAUUCUAUUUGAAUGUCUUGGUGUGAAUGAGGCCAGGUGUGUUAUUGACUCUUUUUACUUGAGAAUAAAUGUAGUUUACUUGGGAAUUACCAAAAAGCCUUGUAUAUAAAUAACUAAAAGCCUUGUAUAUAAAUGCGUUCCAUUGACAUUG